AGCCCGUGUGGCUCGAGGGAACUUCGACGACCGAACUUACAGUGUGUUCCAUUCGUGUCAUCUGCGGCUGAGUCCGCGCUGUUGGUGGACAUGUGGAGUGCGCGUGCGGCAUAGACCGAAGAGGCGCGUGGAGCACACGUAAGGCGUCGGCCGAGGAGGUGGCAACAUGUGGCCGCCUCACAGAGAGGCGGCCGUGUGGGCGCACCGCAGGCCCCCGGCACGAGCAGCGGUCGCCAUCUUGCUGGCCGCAGUGGGCGGCUCUGGGUUGCGCCAACCCCCACAGCGCCAGGAGGCCGCAGCCGCCGGUGAAUGGUCGCGCUGGGGGCCCUGGGUAAGGCAGCGGAGGGGCAACCUCACCGUCACCUCGGAGCCCGCCUGGGAGAGGGCGAUCUGCGACGUGGUCCUCAAGCGUGACCACGAUGGCCGACGAGUCUGUGGGCCCCAGGUCAUCAUCAUCGGCGGGGCCAUGAAGUGCGGCUCGAACUCGCUGGGCUCUUUGCUGCAGCUGCACCCUUGGGUCAAGUUCCACUACUGCCGCGGCCAGGAGUGCGCGCCGUGCCACGACAAUGCGACGGACUGCAUGGAGAGGUUCCAGGGCGCCUCCAAAGAUGGAGCCGAGAGGCUGUGGGAGUCGAAUUACUUCACCCACCUGACGUCGUUGCGCAGCCCGCCGAGGGACUACGAAGGCGACGAGGGCCAGCACCUGCUGGCACAGCAGCUGCCCCGGGUAGAUGGGUUCCACAACCUGACUGUGGACAAAUCCCCGUCGUAUUUGGACACGCACUUGCUCCCAGAUGUGGCUGCACAUGCCAAGAGAUUGCUACCGCAUGCCAAGGUCAUCUUUACCCUUUGCGACCCAGCCGCCCGCCUGUACGCCGAGUAUUACCACCACUUGAAGUGGGACGAGAAGGCGUUGUACCGCUUCUUCGACGACGCCAAAGUGAAGCGUCCAGCUAGCUUUGCCGAGUGGGUUGCGGCGCUUCAGGAAGACAGCGAGUUCUGCAGGUCGCAGCCCCAAAAAUUGUGCGGACGCACGGAAGAACUCAAUCUUAAAGGGCGUUUACGUUGACAGCUUGCAGAGAUGGUUUGAAACGUUCGGCAAGCACAAGGUCCUCGUCGUGAACCUCGUGGACGGAGCAGACCUCAAGGCGACCCAGCUCCUGGCGCACGUGGGCCUGCCCUUCGAGGAGUACCCAUGGGGACAGCUCAACGAUAUAGGCCACAGCUUUGCCAACCACGACUACAAGGGCCGCUGGUACGCUGACACCGAGGCGCCCGAGGCCAUGCAGAAGUUGAGGAGCUUCUACAGCAGCCACAACGCCCGCCUCGCAGAUCUGCUGCGCGAGUACUGGCCCCGGGACUGGUGAGGGACUGUCUGCUCCCUGCCCCGCCGAGGCCUGACAGCAUUGUUGGGCGGCCGCGGCGAAUCGACAACAGAGAGUGUCCCCAGUGCCCUGAAAACGACCCGGGAAGCCGUUUUCCUCUCUGGCCUGGAAAUCAGCCUAAUCCCAUCGCACGCGGCACACAGCACAUGUUGUGGUGGUCCGCCAUGUUGGGCACACAUGCCAGCGCGCCGCGCAGUUCUGAUCUGUCGUUUGGUCUCGC